AAUAGGGAAAAUUGUUAAAGCAUGAUCCAAAAUGCAUCUAUUGGUGAAUGGGGUGGUGCUGUGAAUGUGAGGAGAUUGAUGGGAGAUAGGGGAGUGAAGAAGGAGCCUGAUGUAGCUCCAUCGAAAUGGAUAGUGAGCUCAUUCAUUUCUUGUUUGAUUCAAAACCGUCUCAAACUUAGAACUUUGCAAGGAUCCAUGGACAAUUCUUUGUUGGUCUUCCAGCAAAUGAAGCACCCUUAUGGGUUCAUAUGGAACACCAUGAUUAGAGGCUUUGGACGAUUCGGCAACUCAUUUGAAACCUUCAGAUUCUAUCAGAAGAUGCGGCAAAAAGGCAAGGCCAUUGACAAUUUCACCAUGUCUUUCUUGCUCAAGAUAUGUGCUCAAGACUCUGUUCUAGAAUUGGGCAAGCAAGCCCAUUGCACAUCGACAAAGCACGGUCUGGACUCCCAUGUCUUUGUACCCAAUACUCUCAUCCACAUGUAUGCAAUGCGCAGAGAUAUUGAGAGUGCAAACCAACUGUUCAAGUACAUGCCCAUCCAUGAUUUAGUGUCAUGGAACACCAUAAUCGACCGCUAUGUCCAAUGUGGGCAAUCAAAAGAAGCAUUGAGAAUGUUCAUAAGGAUGCAACGAAUUGGGAUGGAGCCGGAUGAAGCCACGAUAGUAACCAUCCUCUCGGCUUGUGCAAACAUAGGUGCUCUCGAUUUUGGUAGAUGGGUUCAUUCUUAUUCUCAAGAAACAGGUCUUGACAGUGUCGUAUCAGUCUGCAACACUCUCAUAGACAUGUAUGGGAAAUGCUGAGGCAUUCAGCACGCACGCAAA